AUGGGCGCCAUCUCCUCUACCAUUCAAUCCCUCCCCCCAGUGGGAGACUUCAUCCGGCUCACGCCAGACGCUUACAGGGUAGCUCUGAACAUCUUCCAAUACUUUCCACUGUUCACAACCCUCGAAUGGCUCACCCCCUACUACCCCGCCGGCAAAAGCUCCCUCCCCAAAAACAGCCUCAACAUCCCCGGCCGCCUCGGCUGGAUGCUCAUGGAGCUGGUCGGCCCCUUCAACCUCCUCUACAUUCUCUCCACACAAUGCUCGAACCUCGGAAUCGACUCCCUCCCAUGGCCGAACAAGCUCGUCGUCGCGCUCUACCUCAUCCACUACGUCAACCGCGCGAUUGUGUCGCCCUUGAUGGCGCCGAGCGUGUCGCCCACGCAUGUGUUCAUCGUGGCGUCUGCCGCUUGCUUUAAUUGGCUGAAUUCGACCUGUUUGGCCGGGUGGGUGCUUGGGUAUGAGGUUUUGUGGGAGGGUGUUUCUUCUUCUUCUUCUUCUGCGUCAGCUUCGACUGGGAAUGGGAAUUCGACGGCGGUGUGGGCUACGUCUCUUCUUGGGGUAGCCGUGUUUGCGCUGGGUAUGGCGGGGAAUAUUUACUCUGAGAGGACGCUUUUCAGGCUGAGGAGGGAGGAGGUUGCGAAACGCUCCUCGUCUGCCUCUUCCUCUUCCUCCUCCUCCUCUCCACCCGAAGAGAAACCCACUACACCCAAAGACACAAAGGAGUCGAAGAACAAAUACUCCAAAGUCUACGUCAUCCCCCCGCCCAAAGGCCCCUUCACUGCAAUCCUCUACCCGCACUACGUCUUCGAAUGGGCCGAGUGGUUCGGUUUCGCCCUCGCAGGCACAGCAAUCCAGCCGCUCCUCGUUCCCUCCUUGCUCGCGGGAGUCGGGGCCAAGACGGCUGUGACGGCUGUGUCGCCGCUGCGGCUGGCGCCGUGGUUUGUGCCGGCUGCGAAGGUGGCUAGUGCGCUUGGUGUGCCGUUGCCGUUGGCGGGGUUGGCGUUUGCUGUGAAUACGGUGGCGAAUUUGUUGCCGCAUGCGAGGUGGGGACGGAAGUGGUAUGUGGAGAGGUUUGGGGAGGAGGGGGUUCAGGGGAGAGGCGCCGUUGUGCCUUGGUGUUCUUGGUUUUGA